AUCUGACUUAUGUCAAGCCGUAAAGUGGCGCUAUUCCGGAGGAAUAAAGGUUGAAGCGAGAUUCUAAUCUAAAUUUUACUUUUCGUGUGUUUUAUUGUAAUGAUAGUGAUACUGGUUUCUCGUAUAUUAAUUUAAAUCAUUUAGUUUUACAAACAUGGCUAAUGUCAAUUUAGACAAACAGUCUUUUCACCGUAGAUUAAAGAAGCUCUACAAUUCAUGGCAAAAUACCGAUGGAGAAAAUGGUUUCUCAAAAAUGGAUGCUUUAGUCACUGCAGUCGGCAAAGACGAUGAUAUUGUGUACAGCAAAUCAGGUGCAUUGCAAAUAUGGCUGUUGGGCUACGAACUUACAGAUACUAUUAUGGUUCUUGUAGAGAAAAAAGCUUAUUUCUUAACCAGUAAAAAGAAGGUUGAAUUUCUUCGGCAAGCCGAACUUAAAGAGAAGGACGAGAACCAAAUCCAACUAAACUUGUUGGUCCGCGAUAAAGACAGCGACGAAGCAAAAUUUAAAAUUCUUUGUGAAGCUAUAAAGGAGAGCAAAAAUGGUAAAACUUUGGGGGUUUUUGCAAAGGAUAAUUACUCUGGAUCUUUUGUUGAUAAUUGGAAAGCAAUGCUCAAGAAACAAGAAUUUCAAACUGCUGAUAUGAGCUCUCAGAUUGCUUACCUCAUUAGCCCUAAAGAAGAAUCUGAAAUUACUACCAUGAAAAAAGCAUCUCAGGUAACUGUAGAUGUAUUCACAAAGUAUUUAAAAGAUCAGAUUAUGGAGAUUAUUGAUUCGGAAAAGAAAGUCAAGCAUAGCAAAUUAGCAGAAGGAGUUGAAUCUGCCAUAAGUGAUAAAAAAUAUGUCUCAGGGGUUGAUGUUAAUCAAGUUGAUAUGUGCUACCCUGCCAUUAUACAGUCUGGAGGCACUUACAAUUUAAAAUUCAGUGUUAUUAGUGAUAAAAAUUCACUACAUUUUGGAGCCAUCGUUUGUUCUCUAGGCGCUCGCUAUAAGUCAUACUGUUCCAACAUCGUCCGAACCUUGUUAGUAAACCCCACAGAGGAAAUCCAAAACAACUAUAAUUUUCUUUUAACAAUUGAAGAAGAGUUAAUAAAAGUGCUUCAGAAUGGAGUAAAAUUGUCGGAAGUUUAUGACACUGGUUACAAUAUGGUUAAAAAGGAAAAGCCAAAUUUAGCUGACCAUUUGACCAAAAAUUUUGGAUUCGCAAUGGGGAUAGAAUUCAAAGAAAAUUCCCUGAUUAUUGGACCAAAAACUACAGUUGAAGCCAAAAAGGGGAUGGUGUUCAAUUUAAAUAUAGGUUUUUCUAAUUUGGAAAAUAAGGAAGCUUCUGACAAGGAGGGAAAAAUAUAUGCUUUAUUCAUUGGAGAUACUGUUUUGGUUAAUGAAGGUCAGCCAGCAAGUGUCUUAACACCAUCCAAGAAGAAGAUUAAGAACAUCGGUAUUUUCCUUAAAGAUGAUUCUGACGCAGAAGAAAAUGAUGAGGAAAAAGAAAACACUCCGAAAAAGACCGAAAUUUUGGGAAGGGGUAAAAGAACUGCUGUUAUUGAAUCAAAACUGCGUACUGAACACAGCACCGAAGAAAAAAGGAAAGAGCACCAGAAAGAAUUGGCAGCUCAACUAAAUGAAAAAGCAAAAGAGCGUUUGGCAAAACAAUCUGGAUCUAAAGAUAAAGAGAAAGUGAGAAAAAAUACUGUGUCAUACAAAAGUGUCAAUCAAAUGCCUAGAGUUCCCGAGGUAAAGGAACUAAAAUUAUAUGUGGACCAGAAGUAUGAAACUGUUAUUUUACCUAUUUAUGGAAUUGCGGUACCUUUUCAUAUUUCCACAAUCAAAAAUAUUUCUCAAUCUAUUGAGGGAGACUACACCUAUUUGCGUAUUAACUUUUUCCAUCCCGGUACAACUAUGGGCAGAAAUGAAGGUAAUGUCUGGUCUCAACCUGAAGCAACUUUCCUUAAAGAAUUAACAUAUAGGAGUACCAAUACAAAAGAACCAGGAGUAGUAACUGCUCCCUCGUCUAACCUUAAUACAGCCUUUCGUCUAAUUAAAGAAGUUCAAAGGAAAUUCAAGACACGAGAAGCUGAAGAAAAAGAAAAAGAGGAUUUGGUUAAACAAGACACAUUAGUACUUUCACAAAAUAAAGGAAAUCCUAAAUUAAAAGAUCUGUAUAUUAGGCCAAAUAUUGUUUCAAAACGUAUGACAGGAUCAUUAGAAGCUCACACUAAUGGUUUUAGGUAUACUUCUGUGAGGGGUGAUAAAGUAGACAUUCUUUACAACAACAUCAAGAAUGCCUUCUUUCAACCGUGUGAUGGAGAAAUGAUAAUUCUGUUACAUUUUCACCUAAAACAUGCUAUCAUGUUCGGAAAAAAGAAACAUGUUGACGUUCAAUUCUAUACGGAAGUCGGAGAAAUUACCACAGAUUUGGGCAAACAUCAACACAUGCACGAUCGAGAUGAUCUGGCUGCUGAGCAGUCGGAAAGAGAGCUCAGACAAAAAUUGAAAACUGCAUUCAAAAGUUUUUGUGAAAAGGUUGAAUCUAUGACAAAACAAGAAAUUGAAUUUGAUACACCAUUCCGGGAGUUGGGAUUUCCAGGAGCCCCCUUCCGCUCUACAGUCCUUCUCCAGCCUACAUCUGGUUGUUUGGUUAACCUGACUGAAUGGCCUCCAUUUGUUGUCACCCUAGAAGAUGUAGAGUUAGUACAUUUUGAACGUGUACAAUUCCACCUGAAGAACUUCGAUAUGGUGUUUGUUUUUAAGGAGUAUCUUAAAAAGACUGUCAUGGUAAAUGCUAUACCAAUGAAUAUGCUGGAUCAUGUAAAAGAAUGGUUAAAUUCUUGUGACAUUAGAUAUUCUGAAGGAGUUCAGUCUCUUAAUUGGGUCAAAAUUAUGAAAACCAUUACAGAUGAUCCAGAAGGUUUCUUUGACAGUGGUGGUUGGACUUUCCUUGACCCAGAAUCUGACGAAGAACAAGCUAAAGAAGAAGAAUCAGAAGAAGAAGAUGAAGCGUAUCAACCGUCUGAUUUAGAAGAAGUAGGAUCUGAUUGGAGCGAAGAAGACUCUGAAUAUUCGGAAGGUGAUACUGAAGAUGAUGACGAUGAUGAAGAUGCUUCUGAAGAUCUAGGAUCUGACGAAGAAUCAGGAAAAGACUGGUCUGAUCUUGAACGUGAAGCGGAAGAAGAGGAUAGAGAAAAAGUUUAUACUGCUGAGGACGAAGGUGACAGAAGAAAUAAACAUCGCAGCAAGGGUCAUGAUAAAUUUUCAUCCAAAGGUGGCAAAUCAUCAAAAGAUAAAAGCAGACAUAGCAGUAGCAGUCAUAAGAGCCCUAGCAAACAUAACUCCUCUUCAAGCAGUAGUAAACAUUCACCUUCAAAAGAUAAGGACCGAAACAGCAGUUCAAAAAGUAGGGACAAAGAUAGACACUCAUCAUCGAACCAUAAAUCUUCUAGCCACUCAUCCUCAUCUAGAGAUAAGGACAAGGACAGAAAAAAGAGCUCGUCUUCUCACAAAAGCAGCAGUUCUGGCGAUAAAAAGAGACAAAGAAGUCCCAGCGGUGACAAACACCACUCGAAGAAAUCUAGAAAGUGAAGUCUAUGUUAGAUUUAUUGUUUUGUGUAAUGUUCAAACACUUUUAUAAUAUAGUUUGCAAGUUUCCGGAUGUAUGUGAAGACUAGCCUUACCAACAGUUUUUUUAACUUCCUAGUUAAUUUUUUUAUAUCAAUAUUUGUAUUACUUCAUUUCAUUGUUCAAUAAAACAAAGUGUAAUGAUUA